AUGGAGGAAGCUCCAGCUCCAGCCCCAGCAGCUCCUUAUUGGAUGUGGAUGAGGAGGAAACAAAUCUUACAGUCGCAUUCUCCGCCAUCAAUGACUACUUUUUCUCUUAACAACAACUCAUGGGAAGAGAGGGCGUUUGCAGAAGACGCAGCUGGCGGGGCUCUUGGGGGAUGCAUAUGGCCUCCAAGAUCUUAUUCUUGUAAUUUUUGUAAUAGAGAAUUCAGGUCUGCACAAGCCCUAGGUGGCCACAUGAACGUCCAUAGAAGGGAUAGAGCAAGGCUCAAACAAUCUCUUAGCCCCAUCAAUGACCAUUCUAGCCCUACUACCGUUGCAUCUCCAGGUGAUUCUAGGGUUUCAGCUGCCUUAUCGAAUAUUCCAGAAAAUUUAAGUGAAAAUCAUGAUCAUACUUUUGCCUCUGCUUAUUCUUCUUCUGUAAUUGCUCCAUCUUGUUCCGAGACUGUGGGGGUUAGACUGGAAAAGAGUACUACUCCUUCAAGGGCUCAUCAAGAUCACUCUAUAUGUCUAGGUUAUGAUCAUGAUUAUGUUGAAACUGAUUUGUCUGUGGGCAUGAAUAAUCCGUUUGUUAGUAGCAAAAGAUCUAAGACUAGUGCAGUUUCUUCACUGUCCUUCUUUCUCAAGGCUUGUUCAGAUGAUAAUGCAUACCAUCUUCAGACGACAGCUGAGGACUUGGAUCUUGAGCUCAGGCUUGGUGAUCCACCUAAAGUGAAGUAA